CUACUUAGAAAUUCUAAGACCCAUUUUAAUAAGCUUCCUCAUUUUCAACUGCUCUUGUAGGACCCCCUCUAUUAUUGUCGUUCUUGUAAUUUUCUGUGAGGAAAUAUCAAGGAAACAGGUAUACGGAGAAAACAAGGGGAGGAAAUAUCCUAGCUCUUGUGGUAUACGAAGGUUCGUGUAGGUCCUCCCCCAAUAACAUUCCUAGUCAACCUUCCGUGUUCAAUGUAUACACGGCAUCGUAAUAAUUUCUUCCUCCUACAUAGUUCACAAAGCUCUGUAAUACUGAUCCUCUUUCCAUCAUACUAACUAAUGGAUUCUUCUUUUUUCCUUACCACUGUUGCUGCUGCAAUAGGUCUGUUUAUCCUUACCACUGUUGCUGCUGCAAUAGGUCUCUUUACUCUUUUGAGAAAACUUAGAUUACAUCAAGAUGAUAACAGAGAAAAGGAUUCUUCUUCUUCAUCACCUUCAUCUUCUUUGUCUCCUUCACCAGUUCCUCCACCUUCUUCUUCUCGCAUCUGGACGCAUCAUGUCUUUCCCAGCUUCCGCGGGGAAGAUGUCCGCAAAGACUUUCUUAGCCACAUUCAGAUGGAGUUCCAAAGAAAAGGAAUCACACCAUUCAUUGAUAAUGAAAUUAAAAGAAGAGAUGAUAUUGGUCCGGAGCUCAUCAGGGCCAUUAGAGGAUCUAAGAUUGCAAUUAUCUUGCUCUCUAGGAACUAUGCCUCCUCAAAAUGGUGUCUUGAUGAACUGGUGGAGAUUAUGAAGUGCAGAGAAGAGUUGGGUCAAACUGUAAUGGCUAUUUUCUACAGAGUGGAUCCAUCUGAUGUGAAAAAGCUAGCAGGAGAUUUUGGGAGAGUCUUUAAAAAAACUUGUGCUGGUAGAACGAAGGAAAACAUUGAGAGAUGGAGACAAGCUUUGGCAAAAGUGGCCACAAUCGCUGGCUAUCAUUCAAGCAACUGGGAUAAUGAAGCGGCCAUGAUCAAGAAAAUCGCCACUGAUAUCUCGGACAUGCUGAAUAAUUUCACACCAUCAAAUGAUUUUGACGGGUUAGUUGGGAUGGGAGCUCAUUUGGAAAAGAUGGAGCCAUUGUUAUGCCUAGGCUCAGAUGAGGUGAGGAUGAUUGGGAUUUGGGGUCCUCCUGGGAUUGGGAAGACCACAAUCGCUAGAGUCGCAUACAGCAAACUCUCCAACAAUUUUCAACUGAGUGUCUUUAUGGAUGAUCUCAAAGCAAACUAUACAAGACUGUGUUCAGAUGACUACAGCUUAAAGUUGCAACUACAACAACAAUUUAUGUCUCAGAUAACCAACCAAAAGGAUAUGGUGGUUUCUCAUUUGGGAGUUGCGUCAAAUAGGUUGAAGGACAAGAAAGUUCUUGUUGUUCUUGAUGGUGUGGACCAGUCAGUACAACUAGAAGCAAUGGCAAAAGAGACUUGGUGGUUUGGUCCUGGGAGUCGGAUUAUAAUCACAGCACAAGAUCAGAAACUUUUUAGAGCACAUGGGGUCAACCUUAUUUACAAGGUGAAUUUUCCUACAGAUGAUGAGGCUCUUCAAAUAUUUUGUACGUAUUCUUUUGGUCAAAAGUCCCCUAAAGAUGGUUUUGAGGAGCUUGCUCGAGAAGUUACAAGACUUGCUGGUGAACUCCCUUUGGGGCUAAGGGUUAUGGGUUCAUACUUUCGAGGAAUGUCCAAGCAAGAGUGGACUAAUUCGCUACCAAGAUUGAAGACUAGCCUUGAUUCUGAUAUUCGAAGCAUUUUGAAGUUCAGCUAUGAUGCUUUAGAUGAUGAAGAUAAAGAUUUAUUUCUUCAUAUAGCCUGCUUCUUCAACUCUCAAGAGAUUCACAAAGUGGAAGAGCAUCUUGCAAAGAAAUUCUUGGAAGUGAGGCAAAGACUUAACGUCUUAGCUGAGAAAUCUCUCAUAUCUAUCGACUCGGGAGUUAUAACGAUGCAUAGUUUGCUAGAAAAACUUGGUAGAGAAAUAGUUUGUAAACAAUCUAUUCAUGAGCCUAGACUACGCCAGUUUCUGUGGGAGGAAACAGAGAUUUUUGAAGUACUGACUGGUGAUACAACAGUAAGUGGUAGUAAAAGUGUCAUAGGCAUAAAGUUAAAAUACAACACAGAGGGUGAAAAAAUAGAAAUAAGUGAGAAAGCCUUUGAAGGAAUGUCAAAUCUCCAAUUCUUAAAAGUCUCUGGUUAUAGCCAUCCAUUGCAAUUAACUCGAGGUCUGAACUAUAUAUCUCAUAAACUUCGAUUUCUACAGUGGACUCAUUUUCCAAUGACAUGUUUACCUUCCAUCCUGAACUUGGAGUUCCUUGUCGAACUAAUCAUGCAUACAAGCAAGCUUGAGAAGUUGUGGGAAGGAACUAAACCGCUUCGAUGUCUCAAGUGGAUGGAUUUGAGUUAUUCUGAAAAUUUGAAGGAGCUUCCUGAUCUCUCAACUGCCACUAACCUUGAAUUGGAUCUUAGUAAUUGCUCGAGUCUAAUCAAACUCCCUUACUUGAAUGGAAAUAGUCUGGAGAAAUUAUAUAUUGGCGGAUGCUCAAGUCUUGUGGAGUUUCCCUCCUUUAUUGAGAAUGCCGUUAGUCUCCGAAAGUUGGAUCUUACAAGUUACCCAAAUCUAUUGGAGCUCCCUUCUUAUGUUGGGAAUGCCACCAACUUGGAUGAGUUGUAUCUUAGUAAUUGCUUAGAUCUGGUGGAACUUCCUCUCUCUCUUGGAAACCUUCAGAAAUUGAAGAAACUGGUAUUAAAAGGAUGUAGUAAGCUAGAGGUUUUUCCCACCAACUUCAACGUGGAGUCUUUGGAAAUACUUUGUCUCGCUGGAUGCUCAAGUCUCGAUCUCGGUGGAUGCUCCACUAUCGGAAAUGUCCCCAGUCUCCGAAUGUUGAACUUAAGAAGUCUACCACAAUUGUUGGAUCUCCCUUCCUUUAUUGGCAAUGCCAUUAAUCUAUAUUACUUGGACCUUAGUGGUUGCUCAAAUCUGGUGGAACUUCCUGUUUUCAUUGGAAACCUUCAGAAGUUGUAUAUGCUAGGAUUAGAAGGAUGCUCUAAGCUAGAGUUUCUUCCCACCAACAUCAACUUGGAAUCUUUGAGUUGGCUUAAUCUCCGUGAUUGCUCCAUGUUGAAAUGUUUUCCUCAGAUCUCCACAAACAUUAGAGAUCUCGACCUCACAGGAACUGCGAUAGAACAAGUGCCUCCGUCGAUCAGGUCAUGGCCUCGUCUUGAGGAUUUGACGAUGUCAUACUUUGAGAACCUCAAGGAAUUCCCUCAUGCUCUUGAAAGAAUCACAGAACUGUGCUUGACCGACACAGAUAUACAAGAGCUUCCUCCGUGGGUCAAGCAAAUCUCUUGUCUGAAUAGUUUUGUGCUCAAGGGAUGCCGAAAGUUGGUAUCGAUCCCGCCAAUUUCGGAUUCCAUCCGUUUCCUGGAUGCAAGUGACUGCGAGUCCCUGGAGAUACUAGAGUGCUCCUUUCACAAUCAAAUCAGUAGGCUCAACUUUGCCAACUGCUUCAAACUGAAUCAAGAGGCGAGAGACCUCAUCAUCCAGAAUAGUCGAGAGGCAGUCUUACCAGGUGGACAAGUGCCUGCAUACUUCACUCACCGAGCUACUGGUGGAGGUCCAUUAUCAAUCAAGUUGAAUGAAAAGCCUCUUCCAAAAUCCUUGAGAUUUAAAGCCUGCAUCUUGCUGGUUGAUAAAGGUGACCAUGACGCUUGCUCUAAAGAGAAAUCCACAGAAGUGUUUGCUAUGUAUAAAAAUCGCCAUCAUAGGUUAUAUCCAGCUCUAGCACAGCAUCUGUACACAUUUGAAGUCGAAAAGGAGGUGACUUCCAGCGAGCUUCUCUUUGAGUUCAAGCUGGAAAGCGAUGACGUUUGGAAGAUAGGAGAAUGCGGGAUAGUACAACACUUGGAGGUCCCUUGAUAUUGAUGAACACAAUGUGAGCUUGAGGGGUGGUGUGGCAAUGAAGGAUGUGGAACAUAUAUCAAGUUAAUGGGUCUCCGUUUUUUGUUCUCUAGUGUAUUAGCAUGAUGCAGAUGCAGCGGAGUUCUAAUACUCAAAAUGGCGAUGGCCACGUUGCUACUUUGGGUUCGGGACUUGGUCUUGGCGGGAAACCAACCCGAUCAGUUGUACGUCCAUGAUAUAUUUAUAUGGUCGUGUCAUAAAUGUUCUUCAAAUGUGCAUUUCUGUUGUAAGAAUCUUCAAAUGUGCAUUUGUGUUGUAAGAAUCACGUUUGUCCUCUUCUUUAGUCAUGAUAACACAUUCCAUUUCAGGUGAA